CAAUUUCCUCCCGACCUUCGUUGUUUGCUUGAGUCGCAACGAAACCGGAGUUUUCUCUCUGUCUUCUGUGAUGAGACUGUGAUGAGGUCUGGAGUUCCAGGCACGAAUGCGCCAAGGUCUAAAUUUGGUCUCAGAUAGACCCUGACGGACCCGAAUCUGUUUUACUUAUAAACCGCCCACGAGAUUCUCCGUCUCCCCAUCUUGAGCUCCUCUCAAACAUCGUGUCCGUCGUUCCACACGUUCUCUACACCUACCUUCUUUUCAACCCACAACAAAACCCGUCUCAACAAUGUUCUCCUCGACGGUCGCCCUUGUUCUUGCCUUUGCUGCUCCUUCGGCUUUCGCCACUGUUUUUACCACCUCGCCGGUCGCUUCCACUUCUUGGGCGGCAGGACAGCCCGUUACUGUUAGCUGGCAAGAUGAUGGCUCCGCUCCCACCCUAGCAUCCUUUGGCGCCGCAUCUGUCGGCAUCUAUGCUGGAAGUGUGCAGCAACAGACUCUCCUCCAGCUCAUUGUCGCUAGCGUGGAUGUUUCGACCACCAGCUCCGUCCAGUUCACUCCGGAUGCUACUAUUGGUCCGAACGGUAGCGAAUACUUCCUUCGUUUUACAUCUCUUAACCUGAAGGACACGACGAACUCUCAGUAUCCCGCCGAGGCCUUCACAGCUAAAUUCACCAUGACUGGCAUGACUGGUACCUUCAACGCGACUGUACAAGCCCAGAUCGCCAAUGCUGCCUCGGCAUCUGCUGUCCCGUCUGCGGCAAGUUCUGCUGCCGCAUCUGCGACGAGCGCUGCUGCCAGCUCGUCGCACGCAUCCUCAUCAGCUGCCUCUAAGACAGGGUCGUCCGCGGCUUCUGCAAGCUCCUCUGCCAAGGCACAGAACGCCAGCUCCAGCGGUGCAGGUCACGUCGUAGUUUCAAGCGUGCUCGGAGCUGUCGGUGUUGCUGUCGCAGCAUCGACUCUCUUCUUCUAAUCGGGUCUAUAUCCUCUUUUUACUUGAAUAAUGGUUUUCUUCUCUAAUUAUGGAUUGAGCGGUGUUACAUGUACGUACGCUCUGACUUUCGGGCUAAAGAGUUUUCUCUCUACCCGUCCAGUCUCAUCCAACUAUCCCAUGUUCCAGCCGUCGCGCUUGCUUGAGGCAUGCCUCUAAGGUUGAUUUACACUCACGGCUCUCCAGUGAUCUAAGUAUACGUGUCGUCGUUAUAUUUGAGGAUGAGAAUCUAGAGACAACUCCCCUUCGUUCGCCU